AAAUUAAGUGUACACAAAGUAGCAUACUUGGUGACUCGUAAGCUGGCAUGAGGUGUAUGAAACACAUUUGUUUUAUAACGACUGUCGUUGUCCGGCCACACGAGGAUAAAGUAAGUUACAUUCAUGCAUUUAAAAUUUUACCAACUUUUUUAGUGACGAAAAUGAUGGGUUCUACUACAGUGCAAAGAUAAAGAAGCAAAUUGAUGAAAAUAACUGCCUGGUUUCGUUUAAGCAUGGCGGAAAAUCUCUUGUUCAUACAAGAAAUAUCUUUCCAAAGCAGAUGGAAAAUAAUUUCAAACAAUUAAAGUAUGAUGAUCAUGUUCUGGCAUAUCAAGAAGUUUCAAAAAGAUUUGAACCUGCUGUUAUUGUCAAUACACCGGGUAAACAACAGAAACAAAAAUACGCAGUUGUGUUUUACAACGGCAGAAAAACAAUUCUCGCUUGUAGAAUGCUAGUGAAGAUAAGUAGAAUGCAAUAUCACUUUGCAGUGCAGUACAUUAAAGAAUUAUCUCAUUGCAACAAAUCUAGUAAAACACAAGGAAUAGUUUUGCCAGAAGGAUUUAACCAAAAACCAGACUCGGUAAGUGACUUGUGUGUGGCAAUACAACAUCUACAAUCAAGUUUAGAAAACAACGGAAAUGAACAACAACAACAACAGCAAAUGUUGGCGGAGCAUUCAAAACAUCUAGAAGACCUCAGAAUAGAUGUGAAAGAAUUAACUACAAAUCGAACACCAAAGACACCACAAAAAGUUUAUAUUGAAGGAGCAAGCGUGAGUUACUAAAGCAGUGUUUCUGCAUCGAAUUGUUAGACAACAACCCAGCAAACACAAAAUAAUCAUAACAUUAACAAAGUUAUAAUUAAGCUGUAGUUUGGUUCCGAUAGCCAAAAAAACGUUGUUGUAAAGUUCAGGUUAUGACGUUUUGUUUAGACGGCUAUAUAACUGCGAAAAAGUUUAAAAAAAUCAAGUGUAGCAAGUAAAAUGAUUACUGUUG